AUGGCUGCAUCAAUCUCAAACAUACUCAUAGCCUUUCCUAAAACCGGAUCCAAUUCCAACCACCUCAAAUCCCAAAAACCAAAAAAACUUACCACAAAAUGCACCACAACUCACCAAAUCAACACAAUCCCACCCCUAAUCAAAUCCGAAAACACAAAACAAACCUCAAAACUAACCCAACUCCCAAUCGAAAAAGCUUGGCGAAAAAUCCACGGCGAAGAUGAUUGGGUCGGCCUUCUCGACCCAAUGGACCCAAUAAUCCGAUCCGAACUAAUCCGUUAUGGAGAAAUAUCUCAAGCAUGCUACGACGCUUUCGAUUUCGACCCGUAUUCAAAAUACUGCGGCAGUUGCAAACACCACCACGAAGAUUUUUUCCCGUCGUUAGAUCUCCCUCACGUGAAAUACAACGUAACACGCUACCUCUACGCCACAGCGAACAUCAACGUCCCUGAUUUCUUCAAAAAAUCUCGCUGGCCAGACAAAUACUGGUCGGAACACGCUAACUGGAUGGGUUACAUCGCCGUUGCAAAUGACCAAGAAACAAAACGGAUUGGUCGUAGAGACAUCGUUAUUGCUUGGCGAGGAACCGUUACGAAUGUCGAAUGGGUAGCGAAUCUUCAAAACUACCUUAAACCUGUUUACAAUGACAUUCCUUGUCCGGACAAUGAUGUUAGAGUAGAAGCAGGUUUUCUCGACAUGUACACAGAUCGACAAAGGAAAGACGGUUAUUGUAAAUACUCAGCCAGGGAACAAGUUCUAGGCGAAAUGAGAAGGUUGUUAGAGAAAUAUUCAGAUGAAGAAGUUAGUAUUACGGUAACCGGACAUAGUUUAGGAAGUGCUAUGGCAACGUUAAGUGCUUUUGAUAUAGCGCAAACAGGGUUGAAUGUUAGGGAAGAUGGAACAAAGGUUCAUGUUUCGGUUUUUUCGUUUUCAGGGCCUAGGGUUGGGAAUAUAAAGUUUAAGUUGAGGUUGGAAUCUACUUUGGGUGUUAAGGUUUUGAGGGUUCAUAAUAAGCAUGAUUUGGUGCCCAAGUCCCCGGGGUUUUUGGUGAAUGAGAAAUCGCCACCGUGGUUGUUGAAGAUUGCGGAGGAUAUUGAUAUUCCUUGGUGUUAUACUCAUGUUGGUGUUGAUUUGGAGUUGGACCAUAAGAUUUCGCCAUUUUUGAGACCUGAUGCCAACGCUGCAUGUGCUCAUAACUUGGAGGCCCACUUGCACAUACUUGAUGGAUAUCAGGGGAAAAAUCGUGAGUAUGAAGCAACAACUUAUAGAGACAUCGCACUGGUGAAUAAGGGAUGUGACUUUGUGAAAGAUGAGCACUCUGUGCCACCAAAGUGGAGGCAAGAAUUGAACAGGAAUAUGGUGAAGGCUGAAGAUGGAAGGUGGAUUCUGGCUCAACGACCACAAGUUUCUGACUCACAUCAUGAAAAUAUUGACUCUUAUCUCAUGCAGUUAGGCUUCAUUUUACCUAAUAAAAUUUAG